AGAAGAAAAAAAAACUAGUUCAGUCAGUGCGGAGCUCUGGUCGUCUUUCCCUUCUCUUCAUCCCCUGGGCUGGGCUGUGGGUGCUCUGCCCCGCCGGCCGAUCCCCAUCCCAUCCCCGGCCUCCCGCCGUCCGUCGCUAAGCGGCGGAGCGGCCGGCCGGGCCGGGGGGCUAUCCUCUGAUGGCGCCGGAGACGAGGAGUGGGAGGUCGAGGGAGCCGCGCGCAUCGGAGACCGCGUCGCCGCCGCCGCCGCCGGCGCAGCGCCCUCGGCUCACGCGCGCCGGAAGCCGGGGGUAUGCGCCGACCCGUAGCCGCUCCGGCCAGGUUAAUGAGGAUGUCCAGAGCAGAUUCCCGCAUUUAGCAAGUUCGGUACAAAAUGAUGUUACGCAGUUAAAGGCGGCGACUGGAGAGGACGAGGGAGGCACGCCCAUCCAAGACCUUGUUGUCGUCGUUCCGCGGAUGACGAGGAGGAGGGCGAGGGAGGCAUGCGCGUCGGAGACCGCGUUGCCGUCGUUGCAGCGCACUCGACUCACGGGCGGCGGAAACAGGGGGGAGGCGCCUGCCAGUGGCCGCACCGGUAAGGUUAAUGAGGAUGUCGAGAGCAGAUUCCAGCAUUUGGCAAGUUCAGUACAAAAUGAUGUAGCCAUGGAGGCAUCACUGGAUUAUAUGUCUGGAAACGACUACACCGCAGCCUCUUCUUCGCGGAUGAUAAGCAUGGGCGAUGAAGCUGUACAACCGUUGUCACGUCAUGACGGUCCCAACACCUUGGGCACAUACAAGGAUGGGCAGGACAACUACACACCCACUGGUCAUGAUGAGUCCGGUACCGCCACAAAUCCUGAAGACGCAACCGAUCGCGACGAAGGGACCGGCCAAGGGGACCAGGCAGCUGGACAACCCAAAAGGCAACGCAAGCCUAGGAGCCGAAACAAGCUUGGCACCAAUAGGAUUGUUAUCAACCGAGUGUCUGAGGCGGGUCUACCUGUUAGUCCCAAGAAGGCCGAACAAGGUUACAGGAAUGCCCUAGGUUGCAUCCUUCGCGAAACCGUGAGCAUCAAUGAAACCAAUCUCAGGUCGAAAGCGAACGAGAAUUUGCGAGCGCUCCUCAUAUCGAAGCUGCACACUCAUUACAAGUUCCCGGAUGAGUCCCUAGACGAGACCACUCCGGUAAAUAACAGAGCCCUCUGCAAGUGGUCCAAGCUUUUGAGUAGUUGGAAAUCCAAGGCCAAAAGCGAAUACCUUAAGAAAGAUUACGAAACCGAGAUAAAAAAGAUCUGGCCUUUGGUUUCCGAGGAGGACUGGAACCUGUUCAAGCAGCACUGUGAGACCCCUGAAGUCAAGGAGAUGGAAAAAUGGGGAAAGGAUAUGUGGGCUAAGAGCCGUGGUUACCCAGGGAAGAAGCCAAAGUGGGACAAGCAGGACACUGAGUUUGCUGCAGCAGGCAACUAUCCUGUCAUGGUGCCAGAGACGAGGAGUAGGAGGGUGCACGCAUCCGAGACCGCGUUGUCCUCGGCGCAGCGCCCUCGACUCACGCGAGGGUGGAUGCGCCAACCAGUGGCCGCUCCGGUUAAUGAGGAUGUCGAGAGCAGAUUCCAGCAUUUGGCAAGUUCGGUACAAACUGAUGUUACCCAGUUAGAGGUGGCGACCGGAGGGGACGGGGGAGAUGCGCGCAUCCAAGACCUUGUUGCCGUCGUUCCGCCGUUGACGAGGAGGAGGACGAGGGAGGCGUGUGCAUCAGAGACCGUGUUGCCGCCAUUGCAGCGCACUCGACUCACACGCGGCGGAAGUAGGGGGGAGGUGCUGACCAGUGGCCGCUCCGAUAUGUCUGGAAACGACUCCGCCGCAGCCUCUUCUUCACGGACGAUAAGCGCGGGCGAUGAAGCUGUAGAACCGUCAUCACGUCAUGGUGAUCCCGAUGCCUUGGGCACAUACAUGGAUGGGCAGGACGACUACACAUCCACUGUUCAUGAUGAGUCCGGCACCGCCACAAAUCCUGAAGAUGCGACCGAUCGUGACGAAGGGACCGGCCAAGGGGACCAGGCAGCUGGACAACCUAAAAAGCAACGGAAACCUAGGCGCCCAAACAUGCUUGGCACCGAUAGGAUUGUUAUCAACCGAGUGUCUGAGGCGGGUCUACCUCUUAGUCCCAAGAAGGCCGAACAAGGUUACAGUAAUGGCCUAGGCUGCAUCCUUCGCGAAACCGUGAGCAUUAAUGAAACCAAUCUCAGGUCGAAAGCCAACGAGAAUUUGCGAGCACUCCUCAUAUCGAAGUUGCACACUCAUUACAAGUUCCCGGAUGAGUCCCUAGACGAGACCACUCCGGUAAAUAACACAGCCCUCUGCAAGUGGACCAAGCUUUUGAGUACAUGGAAAUCCAAAGCCAAAAGCGAAUACCUUGAGAAAGAUUACGAAACCGAGAUAAAAAAGAAGUGGCCUUCGGUUUCUGAGGAGGACUGGAACCUGUUCAAGCGGCACUGCGAGACCCCUGAAGUCAAGGAGAUGGAGAAAUGGGGGAAGGAAAUGCGGGCAAGGAACAUUGGUCACCACACCCUUGGGAGCCGUGGUUAUCCAGGGAAGAAGCCGAAGUGGGACAAGCAGGACGCUGAGUUUGCUGCAGCAGGCAUACCAAACCCCUUCAAGGAAUUUGAAAACCCGCGUGAAAAUGAUUACAUCAGGGGCCGGUGCAAAUACGAUGAAGAGACUAAGACAUGGGUCUUGGACGAGAAAACGGCGAAAGUCAAGGAACUCCUGAGGCAGUAUCAUGUGGAAUCUCAAAGCUCCCAGGAGUCAGAGUCCUCGGCAAGGUGGGACGACCCUCUAAACAGGUCGAUCAACGUGGUGCUCGGCAAGGACCCGAAAACGAGGCCGGCUUAUGGUCGCGUGAACGGCGUUGGGCUCAACGGAAAAUGGGACACACACUAUCCCGAAGACCGCGAGCUUGCGAGGCAGAGAAGGAGAGCCGGCCGAGCUAGUUUUGAAUCCAGAUUGGCUGGAAUGAGAGAAGAACUUAAAGAAGAAAUGAGAGAGGAAGUCGAGGUGAAAGCCAAAGCCAUGGCGACAGCCCAAGUCAUGGAAAUGUGGCCCGAUCUAAUUGAGGCCGUCAAGCGAAGUUUAGCAUCGGGUCAAACAGCGGCACCAUCAUCCUCUGUCACAUUGGCGCCGGCCAAUGUUAUUUUGGAGAAAGAGCCGCGUCCUGGUGCACAUCAUAGCAGCCGCUCUGUCCCUUUCAUGGGCUAGAGGUCGUCACUGGCUGAUAUUGAGCCCUAACGUGAUUGGUUUAUUUGCUCGUUGUGCUUGCUGGUUUGACAGUUGAACACCUUGUGAAGCAGUGGAGAGGCUAGUCUAGUGGCGUACCCAUUGUGCGUGUCACAGGCAUGAAGGUAUACAUACAACUUUCACGACAAUAUGAGGAACACCUUGGGUCAUUUGAAGUUUACAAUAUUUUGCUACAAUUAAUUAUGAUCUCCCUAAGAAAUGGCUACGCAGAAUAUAUAGAGGGCAACAAAAAAUAAGC